AUGUUGUCCACCUUCAGGUCCAUACGGUUUGGCCUCCUGGUUGGUAUUGGAGGGGGAGUGCCGACCCCAAAAGUCGAUAUCCGGCUGGGCGAUGUUGUGGUCAGUACACCGACAGGAGAAUUCGGGGGUGUGGUGCAGUAUGACUUCGGCAAAGCAGUGUCCGGUGGUCUCUUUCAACGGACUGGCUCGCUGAAUAAACCACCUCAGAUACUCUUGACCGCGGUGUCCCGCUUACAAUCCGAUCAGAUGAUGCUGGAAGUGAAUCGCAUUCCACAAAUUCUCUUGCAAAUGGUAGAGAGAUACCCGAACAUGCAGUCGAAUUUUGCAUGCCGUGGCCAGGAUGAAGACAGGCUGUUUGAAUCCGUACCCCGAGCUCCUCGACGUAGACAUGGGCCCGUCGUUCACUACGGUCUCAUCGCAUCGGGCAACCAAGUGAUCAAGGAUGGCCGCACCAGGGACAAGCUUGCCCAGGAACUCGGCAUUUUGUGUUUUGAAAUGGAAGCGGCUGGGCUGAUGGACAACUUUCCGUGCCUUGUUGUUCGAGGCAUCUGUGACUAUGCGGAUUCACAUAAGAAUAAGCAGUGGCAGGGUCAUGCGGCUGCAACUGCAGCAGCGUAUACUAAAGAGCUGCUCUCAGUGAUUCAUCCGCAUCAUGUUCUAGGUACACAGACAGUGGUCUCAGGGAUAAACUCUGACCCGUCAUAUAGCCUUGAUUUUGAGCAGAAUGAACCGCUUUUCCUGGUGCCAGGAAGACGGAAUGACGGCUUCGUGGUCCGUCAGAAAAUUUGUGAUGAGUUCGAGUCUUUGCUGGAUGCAGAAAAGAAUGGAUCCAAUGUUCGGAUAGCGCUCUUUGGCAUGGGGGGCUGUGGAAAGACAGAGCUUGCCUUACAUUUCGCCUAUGCGUGGCGUGGAAAAUGCCGCGUAUUCUGGGCCAACUGUACCUCAAAGCAGGAAUUCAUGGCUGAUUACUCCGACAUCGCCGUGAGAGUUGGCCUCGCUUCGGCCACCACAGCCCAGCAUCACGCCGGCACUCUCCUCAAAGAAUGGCUCGACUCCACCAAAUCUGGAAAUUGGCGUAUGAUACUCGAUGCCUCAGACAACUGGGAAGAAAUGUUUGCGUAUCUAGAGGCUUUUCUUCCUAUCCACCGAGGCACGAUUGUGUUCACUUCCCGGGAUCGGCGAAUCCUGGACAUACUAGAAACCAAAUUGAUACACCCCAGCUUUGCGAUCAACGUAAACGGGAUGGAUCGAGAUGAAGCUCUUGAUAUGUUCCGGUCCCUCGCAACGGAAUGCUCCGACAAGGCCGCAAUCAUCGAGCUCUUGGACUUCCUCCAAUACCUACCUUUGGCUAUCAAACACGCAGCCGGCUACAUCAGUUUCACAAGAACAAAUGUGAACCACUACCUCGAAGGACUCAAGGGAAAUAGCGCAUUAACGUGGCAGCUAUUUGAGUGCGGUCCCAUGCCGAUCAACCUAGAUACUCGGCUGCAACUGCCUAUUGCUAGGACUUGGGACAUGUCUUUCGCCAAGAUCCGCGAACAGAAUACAAUCGCAGCCGAUCUCCUCGGUACUCUCUCCUUCCUCAAUUGCGAGAGCAUUCCCAAAGAUCUCUUGCUCGUUUGUGGAGUGAAUAUAUUUGGCCUGAAGCAAAUGAGCGACUUUGAGAUGGCCAUGGGCGUCCUGAUGGCGUUCAGUCUUGUUUCGCAUCGUAUCGAUCGCACAAGAGAAAUAUAUCAAGUCCACUCCAUUGUUUCCCUUGCUGCAAAUACCUGGUUCGCUAACAAUGAUCCUGAAAAGAUCAGCCAUAUUUAUGGAAUUGCUCUUUCUCUGGUCUCGGAGGCCUUCAUGCAGCACUCAACUGAGUCGUUCCUGAUCCAAACCGAGGAUUUGCGACAUCUCAAGACGCUACUGCCACAAGCUGAUGCCGUCUUGAAAGACAGGUCGACCUUGGCUUUGCCCUCUGAUUCUUCAUUCGAGGCCAAGAAAAUGAGAUUAACCUACGAAUCCGCUAAAACUAGGCUGCUCUCGGGGCAACAUGUAGAUGUCGAACAGCUCAUGUUGUCGUGCCAUGACUACUACGAGGAGCACAGAUAUUCUUUCCCGUCAGAGCGCACUCAGACCAUGAUAGCUCUAGGCUUGAUCAACAAAGAACUCGGAAGCUAUGACCGAGCUAUGCAGUGGUACAAAAAAGCAAUCAAUGCAUUCAGUGAUCUACCAGAACAAUCCGCUGUCACAAAGAGCGUGAUCCUGGUCAAUCAAGGCAACAUAUUCAGAGAGCAAGGUGAUUUCCAAGCCGCAGAAAGGGCUUAUGGUGAAGCAUUCUCCAUCUGUGAGAAGGGCGAGCCUCUAUACAAAGAAGCCAAACUGCACAUAAUCAGUUGUCAGGGGAGCAUGCUUUCCGCUCAAGGCGAGAUGUCGCAAGCGUUGCGCAAGUUCCAGGACGCUCUCCAAGGUUGGCGGACAUAUGGCGAACACGACCAACGAGCGAAUUUUGUGCUGGCGGAUAUGGCAGCAAUCCAUGCACAACGAGGCGAACGAGAGGCUGUAAGAAAGUACGACGAGGCCAUCGAUGGCACCAUUAAGAAUCUGGGAAAGGAGCAUCCACGGACAUUGCUUAUGAAGGCGGAUCGUGGACGCGCAUAUGCGCUUGUCGGUGAGCGGGAGAAAGCCUUGGUCGAAUUAGAGAAUGUAUACAAACAACAACUCAAGGUCUUGGGCCCCGCACAUGUGAAGACGAUGUCGACGAAGCAUAAUAUGGGCGUUGUCUUGAGUCAAUUGGCGCGCUUCGAUGAGGCUCAAAAGGCUUUUGACGAGGUCCUGGAGUUCUAUGAGAAAGCAGCGUCCGAUCCCCAACUGCCGCUAGGAUACUAUUACACGUUGAAGAGCAGGGCAGAUGUGCUACGAGAGCAAGGAGAUCACGCCAGUGCUUUGGAAGACUACAAAAGAUCAUAUGGGGCGAGAUGCCUAUGCGAUGAAACCAGUCCGUUCCUGUUCUCGAUAGAGCUAGCGAAAGCGGACCUCUUUAUUGAGCUAGGAAUGUUGGAAAAAGCGGAAAGAACUCUUGCUGACCUGGAUCGGGUGAGAAAGAGAAUGGACAAAGACCUCUACCUGAUCAAAUCAUUCGAAGAAACAGUCAAGUACUUGAAUACAGCAAGAGCUGAGUCCAAGGGUUUCGCGAUGCGCAUAAACAAUCUCUGGAUGGAUUUUAUGCAGAGAGCAAAGAGACACCGCCGGGACGAAGAAUGA